AUGUCCGAUGGCUUCGGGGCGAGCAUCCUGGCCUCCUUCAGGAAGUGCCUCGGACAGUUCCUGCGGCUCAGCGCACCGACCCCCUGCGUGGAGGUGACGCGGCUGCUGGUGGAGCUGCAGUUCACCCCGCGCCAGAUCAACUACUUGUACGAGACGUUCCAGAACCUGAAGCGGUUUGACUCCCUCACUCUCACGACUGGCGAGAACGAGGUGAGUGUACAGAGCACAUUCCGCGUGGUGCAGUCAAAGAGGGAGUGGGUCGAGAAGAUUAUGAAGCUGCUCCUCGACCUGGCGGGCUUCAACGAAGCGGUCAGCUGGGACGGCUUCGUAUUCGUCUUCUUGCAGUUCUGCACCUUGUCCAAGGUGGAACUGUGCCAGGCAGGGGUGCACAACUGGAGACCAGAAGGGCAGGGGCUGUGGUACGGAGGUCAGGGCGUUCUGGCACCGAUGGUCCGCUUCCUGCUGCAGCUAGCGGCGUGGCUCUGUGUGGAGGUCAGUGCAACCAGACCCUCCGAGUUUGCAGUGGAUUUCCGCCUCGUGGACGCGGACGGGCGGGAUAUUCUCUUGGAGGCAGCUGCCCGCAACGUGCCCACUGAGGGGUAUUAUCCAUCGGGCAGCGUCCUGGAGCUGAGCUUCCGGUCGCACAACAGGACCUUCAACUACAAGUUGCACCGCCAGACCGCACGGUCAUCUGGCGGCAGUGUCGUUGUUUAUGGCGAGGGCGGAAAGAAGGAGCGUGCUCUCGGCCAGCCUCUUGUCUUCAGGAGUCCGAGCCACGAUGCGGUGCUGACCACAGUCGGACGGAGCUUCAGGGGCACCGUGUGGGCAGGACCUUGGAUGUACGAUAUUCGGCACCCGCACGGGAGCGCUAUCCUUGAGGUGACUCGCUUCGACAACACCUUGCCCCCGAACAGCAGCUCGCAGGACCGCCGCCUUUCUAGCUCGCUUAACGGCCUGAAUCCAGACGCAAUCGACCGUUGGGACGACUGCUACACCGACGAUCACAUCAUGCGCACCUUCAAAUUCGGCGCGAUCAUCACCUCCAACGUCUGGGCAUCGGAAAACUUCCAGAGCGAACUCGAGGCAGAGGACUGGGUCAACGCUAUAGUCGCCAACGCGAACAUGGCGUACGAGCCCCAGCUCAAUAUCCACCUCCAGUUGGGGGAGCUCGUCAUUCAGCAGUCCCACACCGGCGCCCCAAGCUGGGACCAGAGCGCCUCGUGUGAGCUGGACAUCAACAGCCAGCUGUGGAAGCUUGUCGAGUGGACUCGUCCUGCGGGCAGCACCGUGGGAGUGUGGCAUCUGUUCGACGACUGCUUCCAGAGUGGCACCAUCGGCCUGGCGUACAUAGGGGUCCUGUGCUACCCGUAUGGGUACAACGCAGGAGUCACCUGGCUGAGCGGAGGCUCUUACUCAUAUCCUACUUGGCACAUCUUCGCACACGAGAUGGGUCACAACUUCGGAGCCGGGCACUCGUUCGAAUACGGCCAGGGCGCCACGGGAGGCAUCAUGGACUAUGGCGACGGGCCAGAAAUCUGCGCCCAGGUCAACAGCAACGUGGGAAGUUGCUCGGGCUUCUCGAUCUUCGAGGCCGAGUGUGGCAACGGCAUCACGGAGGAUGGCGAGCAGUGCGAGUGCAGCGACAGGUCGCAAGCCUGCGAGGGGUGCUGCGGCUGCCAGCUUCAGCUGGAGGUCGGAGCGCUCGGCGUCGAGCGCUCGCUGCAGUGCUCGCCCGGCGCCGUCGGCCACGGCGGCUGCUGCACCGCGGGGGGCCUCUUCGCGGCGGUCGGCACCGAGUGCACGCUGGCCGAGGUCGGUGGCUACUGCAACGAGGGCGUGUGCGUCACUGGCCACGUCUGCUCAUCGAGCAGCCUGUUCGACAGCUACUGCGGCCUCGAGGCGCACGGCUGCAAGAUCAAGUGCACCCAGGCCGGAGAUGGCACGUGCGUGAGCCUCGCCGAGUGGGAGGUGAACGGCCAGCCUAUCAACAACCUCCCGGACGGGACGUACUGCAAGGAGAGCGGCAUUGAUGGCACGUGCUUCGCUGGAGACUGCCGGCUGCCAGGGGAGGUGACCAUCGAAGGCGGCGUGACGACAGGCGCCCCAGCGGCGCCCAAUCCUCACUCGACAUCCGAGAGUUUCGACGGGUGUGUGGGAUUCGCCGGUCGCGGUUUCCUCGGGAAGGCGGACGUGGGGGUCUUCCCGACGGGGAAGACGCUGCUCCAGUGCAACAUGGAGUGCGCGAACGCCUGGUUCUGCCAUAGCUUCAUCUACAGGGCGAGCACGGGCUUCUGCGAGCUCUGGUCAAAGAAGAACUUUGUGGAAGAUUUGGCGGUGGUGCCUGGCUACGAUACUUAUAUCUGUGAUGCGUACGCCGCCGGUUUCGAUUUCCUCGACGCCGAGUUCUACGAUGACACGGACAUAAUCGCACCAGACAUCCCUGCUCGGGAACGCAGCGUAGACAGCGGGUACACCCGAACCACCUGCUAUAAGACCUGUGUCACAGACCCGGGCUGCCAUGCGUUCGUUCACGUCGAAAAGUCUGGGAGCUGCCAGCUUUACUCUUCCGAGGUAUCGGCGGAGCACUUCGAGUACAAGGAGCCCGGCGAGGGCUACAGCACGUACGUCCUGCCCUGCCACGGCCGGGGCAAGAUCUGCCCGUGCCGCGAGAGCCGCGUUGCCAAGAUCCGCAUGCAGUGCCAGUGCGAUGCGAACACCAGCCCUUUCGAGAACGAGUGCGGCAUCAACCAGUACUGCUACGACGGUGCCGACCAGCUCGCCGACUCUGGCACCGACCAGCUCGCCGACCAGGUCGCCGACCUCUGCGCCGACCAGCUCGCCGACUCCCACGCCGACUGCUCGCCGACUCUCGCGCCGGGUACAUCGGCGUACAUGUGGGCGGGGAUUACUGGUGCGUGCACAUUGGACGGUGCUUGCGUGCAAAGUCCGAACUACCCAGGAUAUUACAACUCCGAUCAGACGUGCACCUUGGAGAUCAACACGAAGGUAGCGGGGCCUAUCAUGGUGCAGAGCUUCGAUACGGAGUCGUAUUUCGACAGGCUCGUGGUCAACGGGAUGGCGUAUUCUGGACGGAGGCGACGUCCCAGCGGCAUCACCCCGACGACAAACAUUUACUGGGCGUCGGAUUUCAGCAUUCAGAGAAGUGGCUGGAGACUGUGCGUGGAAGCGCAACCAGCCAGAUCCGUGAUUCCGAGGCAGUUUGUCACGAGGCAAAACGUGCAGGCUGCACCGACGCCGGCACCGCUGGCGACAGCGAAGCGCUUCGUGCUGCGUGAGGGGAUGUCUCUGAAGAGCGAUGGCACUUCGGAUGACGUGGCGUCCUCGGUCGCACCCGCAGUGGCAAGUGCGCACGGUGUUCGUGAGGACCAAGUGAAUGUGACAGCCAUUUCCACUGGCUUGUGGCAGUGGAGUACUUUCUCUCAGCAGUGGCACGUGGAGUACUCGCUGACCCUGGAGAACGAGUCCAUGGCGGCGGUGCACCUGCAAAUUGCUGAAGAGCUUGCCGCCAACUCGGAGGGCAUCACCCAGCUGCUUGCCCAGAGCUUCACUAAUGCAGGAUUGACGCUGGACACGACGGGCUUUGCGAUCGACGCUACAGGUGCGGUGGACGGGGACCAGUCUUGCUACGAUGUAGACGUCGGCCUGAAGGACCUGUUUGAAGAUGGCUGCGACACGUACGAGCGCAACCCCGACUACUGCGGCCAGUACGACGACGACGACUUCAGCUCUCGGAGCAUGUGCUGCGCAUGCGGAGGCGGCGACGGCCGGGAGCCAGACCUGCCGACCACCACAGGGGCACCGAUCCUGCCGGCCGAACCGGGAUGCGCCGACACUGCCUCCACCCACAAGGACACCACUGGGGACGGCUGCCUCUCCUACGGGGUGGACCCGGUGCACUUCUGCGGCGAGUUCGACGACGACGACUUCAGCUCCAUGGGCAUGUGCUGCUCCUGCCACCCGUACGCCGCUCCGACCCCGGCCCCCGGCCCCACGCCUCCCGCGCCGCCCGGCGAGGCCGGCCCCACGCCCUCGCCCGGCUCCGUGCUCGACGGGGCUGCCCCGCACGGGCUGUCCGCGGUGAGCGCCCUCGUGGCCGGCUCGGCCUGCGUGCUGGGCGGGCUGGUCGGCUGA